AUGCCGACAUGCCCAGGAUGCGCCGAAGCCUUCUCCAAUGAACGUGUGCUCACCAAGCACAAGAAGAAGUGCCGAGCAACAUUAGAUCAAGCACGCAUCGCUUGGGAGACCGAGCAGCAGAGAGAAGCAAAGCGGAGACGAGUCAAUGAUGACACCGUGUCGGACUCUGGGUCCAAUGUGGUUUUUCGUACUGCCAGGCCCGACUCGGCUUCAAACCCACCAAGGGGCGCACUCCUACCCGGGCAGGAUCAUCCUGUUCUUCAACCACACUAUCUCGCGUCUGCGGAUGCAGACACCGUCGCUCCGACUCUGGAUCUCCCUAUGUCGCCUGCCCAUGAACCGGAGGCUGACCCGGCUCCGCGUCGAUCGACACGAACACGGAUCAUGACGCAGAAAGUCCGGGACAUGCUCCCUGAGUCGUCAGGCAGUGGACUCCUACCACUGGAGGAGUCUAGUGCCGAGGCGCCUGAGCCAGAGGUUCGCCUCCGCCCUCGGGUUCGCCUCAUCGUCAUGGAGAAGUUCCGCACGAUCGCGAACCAAUUCGGUCUCUCACGCUUGUACAAGGGUCGCCCGAGCACGGUUCCUGAUGCCGAGCUCGAUGUCACGUCUUGCCUGCCUGCUGACAAACCCUCUCGACAUGCCAAAACACGUCGCACCAUCAGCGAGAUCAUCGCUCCUCUCCCGAACCUGAGUGCAUGGCGGCAGUACCACCACUUCUGGAGCUACCCGAUGCAGACCCGUGCAUCGCGUGCCGCGAUGCAAGAGAUUCAACGCCAACCAGACUUCUCUUCAGCUGAUGCUGCAGCAGCCAAUUACGACAAGGUCGAUGCAAUCCUCACAGCCAAGCAACCGUGGACCGAUGCCGCGGAAGGCUGGAGACAGGCGAGCAUCACGAUCGGGAUUCCGUCAGGUCAUCGCUCCACGGAGGCAUCACGGCGCAGCGAGUACACGGCGCGCCAGCGUAUUCGUCGCCACGAACCAGUCGAGGAGGUUCCGGCGGAGCACUCAGUGGCGGGCGAUCACUUCACUAUCCCCGCAUUCUUUUAUCAGCCGCUGGUCCCACUCAUCGACAAGGUCUUCGGCCAGUACAGCAUCUCCCGGAACUUCCACUAUCACCCCUUCAAUCUCACGUACCUACCCCCUGAUGCUCCCACAGGGUCAUUGCCCGAGAACGUCCACGGCGAGCUCUAUACAUCGAAAGCAUGGCUCAACGCAGAGUUUGAGCUUCAGAACUCUCCGCGCGUCGAAGGCUGCGAUCUGCCACGUGCAAUCGUUGCCAUGAUGUUUUAUUCGGAUUCAACAAACCUAGCACAGUUCGGAAACGCAAAAGCUUGGCCAAUCUACAUCUUCUUCGGCAACCAGUCCAAGUACGACCGUGCCCGACCUGCUACGGCUGCUGGAUAUCAUAUUGCAUAUCUUCCUUCAGUAAGUCUUUCGAAAGCUCCAUCUGUUGCAGCUGCUGAAUUGUUUCGUCAGCUGUAA